AUGGAUAUUCGAGUGCUGCGUCCAGAAGAUAUUCCGCAUGUGCAACUGGCGAAUAUUACCAAUUUGCCUGAAAACUACUUUUGCAAGUACUAUCUCUACCAUGCCAUGAGCUGGCCGCAGCUGAGCUAUGUGGCGGUUGAUGUCUCGCGCCCCCCCAAAAGCCCCUACGACCCCCCCAAAAUCGUAGGCUAUGUCCUGGCGAAAAUGGAGGAAGAACCCACCGACGGUGUGCAACACGGCCACAUCACCUCUUUGUCCGUGAUGCGCACGCACCGCCGACUGGGGCUCGCUGAGAAACUGAUGCGCCAGUCGCAGCGCGCCAUGGCCGAGACAUUCCACGCGCACUACGUAUCUCUGCACGUGCGCGUGUCCAACACGGCUGCUCUGCACCUGUACCGCAACACGCUGGGCUUCAGCGUGGACAAGGUCGAGGCCAAGUACUAUGCCGACGGCGAGGAUGCGUAUAGCAUGCGCAUUGAGCUGGCGGACCUGAAGGAGACGCUCAGGGAUGAAGAAGAGCAGAUUUUCGGAUCUGAAGGCGUCGACGAGGGAGACCCCGUGGGCAGCGAGGCUAAGGCCGUUGACAAGGAGAAGAAGAAAAAGGUCAAGGUGGGUAGGAACAAGGGCGUGGUGGAUUUGGUAGAGAAGAAUGAGGCUGCUGCUACUGCU